CACCGCACGCGGCAUUGCAGUGAGAGAAGGGGCAAUACGAAACGAACCGUAAAUCUCCAUCGCAUGGUUAGGCCUAGAUCCUAGUUGCAGCGCAAAUUCCAUUCGAUGGGUGAAGGUCAACGCCGGGAGCUCGGCGAUGGUUGCAGCGGUACCUCAUCGGGAACUCGGUGACCCAAAUCUAUGGCAAGUCAAUGUUUGGUGGUCAACGUCGGGAGCUUGGCGAUGGUUACGUCGGCGAUUCGUUGGGAGGUCGGUGACACAAAUCCAUGGCCAGUCGAUGUUUGGUGGUCAACGCCACCUGCCGCAUAAGGUUAUGGCGUUGCUGCAGCAUGGAGAGCGAGGGCGGUGCUGAUGCAUAAGGUUGACUCGAAGCUAAGACCCAGCCGGUCAACCAAACCAGACCGGCCCCGAGCCCCGGGACCAGUACUGUGACCACGUCUGGUUAUUUUGGAUUCAUUGGAGAAGAGGGGAGAGAAGAGUUGGAGACUCGUUCCUUUGUCCUAAUCAUUGGUCUUUACUCAGUUUUGGGUCGUCUCUUGCAGACGCGUCGUCACUGUGAUUAUAUUACGAGCUGGCCACUUAAUUAAGCGUAGGAGCUAGCGCGUUAGGAGACUAAAUUUGCCUGAUUAUAAAUAGCUAAGCGCCUUCAGUGCCUGUAUAUGCUUGCAAGAAGGCAAAAGGCAAUAGAGCUCUCACUAGCUACUCACUACUGAAGAUACUGAUACCCUAGCUUGGGAAGGAGCAGCUAGCUUAGCUACGAGUUCAGCGAACAUUGGAUCCAUCGGAAGACCCACAUCAACACUGGACUAUACGCUGCAUACGAGUUCGGGUGCACCAAGAACCCGCAAGAUUGAUCAAGAUGCCAGCGGUGGAGACGAUGGCUCUGUGGGUGGCCGUUGUCGCGCUUGGAGCUCAAAUCAAGGGGAUGGCGGGGACAGGUAAGCGCGAGAGGGAGAAGGUUCGCCUGCUGAGGGAACAGGCCGAAAAUACCAAAAAAAUACUCAAGCUAUUGGAGGAUAAGAAGACGCCGUCGACACCGCCGGACCCGGCGAUGGCCGGGGUGCUGUCAGGCCUAAGAGGUGCCCUCGACGACAUAUCGAGAUCGCCGGACAAGAAGCCCGGCGAGCUCCACGCCCUCGACCAUCGGAUCUCCUCGAUCCUACAGCAAUACCACCACUACAACCACGUCGCCAGCAACAACAUCCACCGAGAUUACCGAGAUGCUCAUGCUCCUCCUCCAACCAUGGUGGCGCCAUGGCAGCAAGGUGCAAGCACUGACAGUGGUGGCGACUGGGGCCAUGUCGUGAGGGGGAUUGUGGAAGACGCGCGGGUGACCGUGCAGGGGGCGUGGCACGCGACGCACAACGUGGAGGAGGUGCUCCGCGUGGCGCAGCUCGCGCAGCAGGUGGCCGACCUCAUGGAGCGCCCGCACGCGGCGUCGCGGCUGAUGCGGGACGCGGAGACGUCGUGGCCGCUGCUGAGGGAUGACCUCAGGGACGCUCUCCGGGACGCCCGCUGGGUCGUCUGGUACAGCCAGUGGUAUCACCUGAGCAGGAUGCCAUCCCCGUCGUCGCCGCAAGCCUCGUCGACGUCCUCCGGCGCCGGCGGCUGUCGUCCUCCGUUGCAGCCAGCUGCGCAGAUUCUAGACGCGGCUGUGAAGAAGAUUGAGUUCUGCCUCCAAGUCCUCCCAGCCAUUGGAUAUAGCUAGUAAAUUAACGUAAGCUUAGGUGCCGUUCUUCUGAAUUUAAAAUCACUACCAUUGCACGUGCGUGCGCAAUCUUAUCGUGCGUGCCCAUAUGCAUAAGGAUUUUCUACACCUAGGUACCAUGGCACCCAUCAUUUACAUGCGACUCAAAUAGUUAUUGAAAAAA